AUGGAGUUGACAUUUGAGCCAUUGAAGAACGACCUGCUGCUGCGGGCAGCGCGCGGCGAGACGGUCGAGCGCCCGCCAUGCUGGAUCAUGCGGCAAGGUAAGGACCCCUCGGACCAGCACCGUAGACAACGAAGAAAAGACAGCAGCUUACUCCAGACAGCCGGUCGUUAUCUCCCCGAGUACCACGAGGCCAAGGGCAACCGCGACUUCUUCGCCUGCUGCCGCGAUCCCGAGAUUGCCAGCACAUUGACCCUGCAGCCCAUCGAGCGCUUCGCCGGUCUCCUCGACGCUGCCAUCAUCUUCAGCGAUAUCCUCGUCGUUCCCCAGGCCCUCGGCAUGACCGUAGAGAUGGUCGACAAGAAGGGACCGCACUUCCCCGACCCUCUGAAGAGCCCUACGGACGGCCAGUACGAGCAGGUCAUGGCCAAGAACGUCGACGUCGCCGCCGAGCUCGACUACGUAUACAAGGCCAUCACCCUCACGCGCAAGAAGCUCGCCGGCCGCGUGCCCCUGAUUGGCUUCUGCGGCGCCCCGUGGACGCUGUUCUGCUACAUGGUCGAGGGUGGCGGCACCAAGCUUUUCAUCCACAGCAAGACGUGGAUCUACAGAUACCCCGAGGAGUCCAAGAAACUGCUGCAGAAGAUUGCCGAGGUCUGCGUUGAGUACCUCGCCCUGCAAGUCAAGGCCGGAGCACAGGCAUGUCUUCUUUCCGCACUGCGACGUCUCCCUUGUGACUGA